AUGUAUAGCAUUUUGGAUCUAAUAACUAGCGCUCUUGAUGAAUCGUACGCCACGGUUGUUCUUGUGAUGAAUAAUCCUAUGGAGGCAGACAGUGGUAAUAGGAGUUUUGAAGAUCUAAGUAUACUAAUGACAUCUCCUAGUUCUGCAAGUAUUGGGGCGUCGGAGUACUGUCCCUCACCCAGUCGGUCAAGAAAAAGGUAUGAAUGUGUGCCACAAUCUAUGAAGGAAACUCCAGAUUACAUCAGUCAAAGAAUUCGCAACAGAACUGCCGUAAAGCGGUUUCGUGAAAAAUUAAAAACAGAAGCUAAGAGACAGGAAGAUAUGAAGGCUAGCUUGAUUUCAUUGACAAGACUUUACGAUAAUGAAUUAAUCCGAAUAAAAAACUCGAAGCAGCAGCUCGAACUGCUAUUAUAUCAACACGCUGCUCAUAAAAACAUUGUGAGUCAACUUGAUGAGAUUUUAAAGUCAGAAGCCCAGGCGCGGUUAAGGUUUCAGAAUCAACUUGCUAGUGUUCAAGAAUUGCCUUCGCCAUCUGUAAUGAGUUUGGUCAACUAG